UAAAUUUAACCCAAAAUUUCGAUUUGAUUUUAAAUGUAGUUGCUUAGCUUCUUCCUAUAUGCGAAACUUUUAUCAAUUUCUAUUCUUAAAAAGUGUAGUUAUAUUGCGAAUUGUAGAAAUUUAGAAAGCAGCAGUCGUUCUUUAAUUAAAGAGGAGUUCCGGGUUCCCGCCAUCCGGUGACGUCAUAGACCAUUAUGAAAACGAAGCAUGAGUUUGUGUGCAAAAUACAGGAACCCAUGUGCCAUUAUUAUGGUGAAUAAUUUUAUGAAUGAUCAGUACAUCUCAGAGAGUACGAAUGGGCGGACGACUGCUGAAAGUUAGAAAAGAGGGUCUUGUGGCAACAUGAAAUCGAGCCAUCAUUUCCGCGAUCAACUGUCUGUAAUAACAGGCUGGUUUGAUCAGUGGAAUGACUGUGAACAAACAGUGGCUCUUUACUCACUUGUCAAGAAACUUGGACCUACUCAAGCCCGUUUUCUCGCAUUGGUAUUGGAGCAAAACAUCACUCAGUGUAUGGAAUUACAAAUGCAAGAACAGGAGGCGAAUGAUCCAGCAUUCAUCAGCAGUCUGAGUGCAGAAAGUAAAGAAACUGCAGUUAGCCAACUUCUUUCACAUUUGCCAUUGCUUCGGCCUGGAAAUGAUGAUGCAAAGGCACAAUAUCUUGCUCUCAUCCCAAAAAUUUUAGCACAUUCGAUUCGACACAGUGUUCAUAUUGAAGAAAGUCGGCAACUCUUGUCGUACUCCCUUAUUCAUCCGGCCAUAUCUAAUGAAGAUCGCUGUACCUUGACACAGUGGCUACGUCAGUUAGAAGACCGAAUCCAUAACUAUCCUGUUUAUCCUCCUGUUUCUGAUUAUAGUAAUGGUAUUGUGAUUAAUCCUACGAAUGGACCUUUUCAAACUCCAUCCUUGGAGAGUUUUGGUAACUGCCAAUAUGGGAAUGUGAUACCUCGUUUGGACUUAUGGAGGCCUGGAGCCCUGGUGGGUAUCAAUGGUAAUUCCCCUGCAGAAAUGAAUGGAUUUUCAGUUCUGAAUAGUUUGGGAAGCAACAGUUUACCUCCUGGUGUUGGUAGUCAGCACAUGUCUUUACAUGGUAUGAAUUCUGCACCAUCAAGUGGGAUUUCAUCUCAUCCUGAUGGUACUCAAACUUUGCCUAUGCCACACUCGAGAGUCAAAAGGAGCAGCAGUCUUACACCACCUGGAAGUUUAGCCCCUCAGAACUGUCAUUCACCUACAUCAUCUAAUAAUAAUAUAGACCAGGAAAAUAUAUCUCAUAGUAAUCUAUCUAACAUGCAUACUGACCAUGCUCCUCUGUCACCACAAAGUAGUGUUACAUCUUCUGGUAGUGGUAGCGAGAGCCAAAAAGAUGAAAAAGAUGUGUUCAAUCAAGACGGAACAGGAAUGAAAGAUGUUCCUUGCUGGCUUAAGGGACUAAGGUUGCACAAGUAUUCAUACAUUUUUAAGAAUAUGACAUAUGAGGAAAUGAUGUCAAUCACAGAAGAAAAGUUAGAAAAACUGAAUAUUACUAAAGGAGCACGACAUAAAAUUGUGUUAAGCAUCCAGAAGUUACGAGAGAGACAGUCAAAUUUAAGAAGCUUGGAGAAGGAUAUCCAAGAUGGAGAAGGAACGAUACGAAAUGCCCUUAAUGAAAUUAAAAGCAUGAUCCAAACACCAAUAAAAGCAUACAGUUGUCCCAAUUACAAUGUAGAUUCAGUGAGGUCCGGAAUUGUCAAUGGUGGUGAAUCCGAAUCAUCAUGUUCUGAUCCUCCAAGUGCCCCUCCUAGUCCAACGAGUAAUGAUAGUGACAGUUUGUCUCAAGUUACAGAAGGGGAUUUACCUGGCCAGAUGACACGCCUAUUAGGGAAAAUUUGUUCAAAUUUGUUGAUCUCCCCUAACCAAGAUGAAAACAUGAAUUUCUUUGUGAUGCUUGUUGACAAGUGCCUUAGCCAUGAGGCAUUUACCCCUGUUCAAAAAAGACGUUUGUUUUCUUGGAAACAACAAAUUCAGAAAGCUUGCCAUCCUUUACCUCCCCGUCGUUCCUUAGAUAACAGGCAGAGAAACAAAUGGAACAACUAUCAUAAUGGAACUUCACAGAAUACAGAACAUGAUUCUGUUGGUAGUGGUUCUGCAUCACUGAGGCGAAGAAUGCCCGUCCAGUUUCAACAGCCUCCUCAGCGUCUGCCAGUAGGCAGACAAAAUGUUACUGGAAAUUUUUCAUCACAAACGAAUCAGCGAAGUCCAUUAUCUGCUGUGAUCAAGAGGCCUAGUUUGCAAGAUCAUAUGAAACCACAUGUGCAGAUUCAAAGGACUAAUUCUGCACCUGUUCGUCCUAAUCCAUUACCUGCAUCUAUGUUUGGGAAGACUGCUGAAGGUGUGGACUCGAAUGAUCCCGAGAUUAACAUCAGGCUAGAGUCAUUAUGCCUUAGUGUUACAGAGCAUGCCCUAGGAAGUUUCGAUGGAGCUGUGCCUUUGUUUUGAGAUCAGCCUUGAAGACAGUUUGUGUCCAAGACCUUUGCAAGCAGCUUCCUUCACUACAGAAGUUUUGCAUAUUGCAUUGUAAAUGUACUCCCAUAUCUGUGUUAAUGAUUUGAUUGUUUCACAAUCUUUAAAGUGUUACGUGUAUAAAAGUUUGAAUUAUUUCUGCUCAGAGGAUUCUCUGCUGGGAUUUUUAUUUUAAUGUAAUGACGACAGUUUGACUGGAUUAUAUAUAUUUUUAAGUCUUCCCCUGCAUAUUAAGUAUCAUACUGGUCAUAAGUUAGACCUGGCUGAAUUUUUCAUGUUUUUAAAAGUGGACCAAAACUUAAAUGUGGCAGGUGCCUUAAGAUAAUGCUGUGCAUAUAACAUAUUUUCUUAUAUUCUAGUUAUGUAUCUCAGUCAAGGUUUUGCCUGAUGACACUCUUAUUGGCCAUUAUUCCAUAUUUAACUAGUGCUAAUUGUAUCACUUUGUUCAUUAAUGAAUUGAACUAAAAAGACUGGAAAGAACUUGGUUUAAUAUCUAUUUAUAAUAAUAAAAUGUGACAAAUUAUGGAAAUGUGUAUUCAUUUAAGUUGGUUUUUUGCUUUGCUAGAGACAAAAUGUCUGGUUAAUCUAAACAUUGCAGAUAUGCUCAAAUAUUAAAACUGCAAGGAGUUAAUAUAUACAUAAAGAAGGAAAUUAUAUGGGAGGUAAAGAUAUAUUAAAUGAUUUACAAUCUAUUUGAAAAGUUGAAUUUUUAUCUUAAAUUUUUUGAAUAAUGGCCAUACUGCCAGGCUGUGAUAGAACUGUAAACUAUCAGUUGUGAGAAAAUGUUCACUAGAACUAUAUACUGCUAAUCAAAUGUUAUUAGAUGUUUAUGUUGAAUUAUUCGAUUACAGCUAACGUUAAAUUUUAAGUGUGACAAAUGCCUUAUUGUUAUCCCAGAAGUCACUGCUGGUUCAGUGCUGAGAAAUUAAGACUGGAGGUGAUGGCUGCUGUGAAACUUAGCAAUAUGCUUCCUAAGUAACCUUUUAUGGAUUGCUCAACUUUUCAUUUUUUUAUCAUAACAUAUGCUCAGUAGGGCUGAGUUGUUUUAUCGAACAGAUAAAACUUAUUUGCUUUAUAUGCGUGUAUUGUGUUUUUAAGUAACCGAGAAGAUGUUCACUUUUUGCAAUUUCUUUUAUGUAAAGCAACAAAUGAAACUACUUAAAAGUAUUUCAAAAGUAUAUUGGAACAAGUUUGUUACCUAAAUAUGUAAAAAGUUAUUUUAAAAUUUAUUACAAUGCAGCAAGCAUUUAGUUAACCCCCUUUGUCAAUUUUCCAGGUAUCACUAAAGGCAUUGAUAUUUAAAUACCAAAAUUUUCAAAUACUUAAUUUAGACUAAUCAAAUAUAAAUAAAUCUCAUUUCUUUGCUCAGACUUCUUAAAGCCUUGAUUUAAGAGAUUUUAUUUGAGAAUGACAUGCAAAAUUUCCAUAUUGGGUUGUAGGAUAUAUGUGCCUCAUUUUGCAAAUACUUCUCAUUUUUCACAUGAAGUUUGAGCUCCCAUUGUUCAAUGCCUUAGAGAUUCAUUCUGAAGGGGGGAUGAAACUUAAUUUUGUUCUAUAAAAUCUGUUUGAAAUAACAUGUCUGCAUUUCAUGGUUUAAAAGCUCAAUGUGUAAAUCUUUUCUUUUCAAAUUUUCUUUGUAUAUAACAUUUUCAAUGUUUUAUUUUUUAUAAAUAUAUGUGAAAAAUGCAGAAAAAUGCUGGUGACUCAUCAUAAAUUAGACUUAUGCUUUUUCUGAUUAAUUUAUUGUCAUUUGAUAUUUUUACAGUUCGAGACUGAGAACAUCUCAAAUCGCUCUUGUAUGGUUGUACAUCUUACCAUGUAUUUGAUUUAAUUAGGUUGUGAAAAUAAAUUCAUUAAUUUAACUUUGAUAUUUAGGAAAUGCUGUAGAUCUACAUACUGAAAGUCAAAUAGACAUUUCAAUUUUGCAGAAAAUUGGCUGUAAUUGAAUCAUAUUAUAGCAUACAUAUUGUUUGCUCUCUAGCUUUAAACUCUUAGAUUAACAGCAUUUAAAAUUCUGUAAUUUUUUCUGCCUUUCACUAUUGUUUUCUAUUCUAGGCUAAUAAGUGCUGUUUUUUAAGUCAUCUAAAAGCAUUGUUUUAAUUAUGUAAUUAAAUGCCAUCUGAUUGAGUAAUCACUGCAUUGUAUCGUACAAUAUUCAAUUUUAGUAUUUCCUGAUAAUUUUACAUGUUAUUAGAUGAGUCUCCAAUAUUGCAUUUUCUUAGUUUUUUGUGCCACUUUUCAUUUAAAAAAAAGUAUAUGCUAUAAAUGUUUGACCACCCAGGGAUAAAAUAUGUACAUAAAAAACCUGGUAUUGGUUAAUGCUGUUUAUCUUGAAAAUAAAUUGUUUAAAAUAUGUAA